AUGGUGGUUGUCGAUCCGAAGAUUACGGCUAGGACGGAGCGGCUGCUCAUUCGGCCGCUGGUGAUGGAGGACGCGGAAGACAUUGUGCUCAUGCGGCGCCAUCCGGAGGUCAUGAAGCAUACGCCGCUCCUACCCUCCUCCGAUGUCGACAAGUCAAGAGACUGGAUCCAAGGCUGCCACGACCGCGCCAAUUGCUGGAACUUCGUCGUCGAGCUUCUGCCCCCUGAAACCGAGAAUCCUCGCACCCGACCGCGCGUUAUUGGUCUUAUUGGAGCCGUGCGUGCUCCAGAGGUGGGAUACAUGUUCAACAACGACUAUUGGGGAGCUGGCUAUGCGACUGAAGCCCUCCGCGCAUUCAUGCCGCUCUUCUUCGACCACUUUAGUGGAGGAGAGCAGGAAAGGUUCGAAUACGCGGAAGCACUUACGGAUCCGGAGCUGGUUGCGAGCCAGAACGUACUCCAGAAAGCGGGCUUCCAGCUGCAUGAGCGUAGAGAGAAAGACUUCGAAAAUCCCGUGCUUGGUUGGAGGGACACAUUGGUAUACCGAAUGUACCGCUCGGAUGCUAGCUGUGGUACCUCUGUUGAGGUGCCGUAG